AUGCCUGAGCUGGUACUGAUAUCACCUAAAACGCUGCAGGGCAACAAGAAAUUGAGCAGCACUAAAGGUGGAAUGAGAGAUGCGCUGGUAUUAGGAGACCCUUGGGACGGGGAUGGGGAUUCUGUCCCGCCCCUUCGCGUCCUGGGCUCGGUCUCAGCCCCGCCCACAACGUCAUCGGUGGGUGCCCAGGGGAGCGAAGCCCCGCGCCGGGCCUCCGCGGGCGCGUCGCGCGUCGUUCGUAGGCGGCUUCAGCGAGCGCCUGCGCAGCGCGUCACCGGCGGGACCUUCGGGCUUCCCUGCAGCCCCGGGGACAGGCCCGUGGGAGCCUCCCCCCGGCUCGGGGUUCGCCUCGGGGCCUCGGACCCGCCCCCACUUCCCCCCCAUGGAGCCUCAGCGCCCCCCCCCGCUGCUCCCCCUGGGCCCUCGGACCCGCCCCCAGACUCCCACCUACUCCCCUCCCCCCCCAUGGGGACUUGGACCCACCCCUGCCACCACUCAAAGCCUCAAGGAAAUCCCUUGAACCUGAACGACGCGGAGGGCGGGCGCUGCCCAGCAGGGGGAGGUUGGAGGCAGGUAUCAGCCAGGGGCAGAGUUAAGGGUGCUGUUCAGCAGAACCUUGGAAAACUUGCACCUGAGGUGCUGGGAACCUGCCAGGCACAGAUCCCUGAGUGCCCACUGGGAGCUGAAGUCACUCAGCAUCUCACAGGAUCAAGCAUGAUGCAGUAAAGCAACCUAGAAGACAUUGCCCUCCGUAUGGGAAGACCCAUAGUUGGACGAUCCCACAGGCCACUGUGUGAAAUCCAUCCCGGUCAGCCAAUCUAGUCUCUUUUUUUCUUUCUGCUGUGGUGAUGGAAGGGAAGGGGUGAGAGAGAUAAAUUAGGGUUUGUAAAGUGCUCUGGGACCCUCCCAAGGAAGAUGCUGCUUGUAAAGUGCUAAGUAUUGUUUUUGUCAGCCCACCCUCAGAAGGGAAUAUUUUAUAAAAGUGAAUCUUGAUCACUAUCUGUUAGUAAUAAAUUAUAAAACACUG